AUGGCCUUAGAGCCCAUCACGGUUCACGCCGUGUCUGCUUCCAAAAGGACCUGUGUUAAUAAAGACCACGUGUUAGGACAGCACCAAAAGACCUGGCCCGGGGCCCCACGGGGAGGGCAUGGCCCACAGUCCCCAGCGCCGGCCGGCUCUGGGUUCCAGGAGAACUGCACGAUCCUCGGGGAGCUGGUGAGGCUGCAGGCCCAGAAGUCCUGCCUGCUGGGGUUCAGCACGCGUGCCGACUCCGUGCUGGAGAUGAACAUGGCCAAGACCAGCCAGGUGGUGGCCACUUUCCUCGAUGAGCUGGCCCAGAAGCUGAAGCCCCUCGGGGAGCAGGAGCGGCCUGAUCCUGGAGUUAAGAAGGCCGAGUGCCAGAGGCGGGGCCUGCACUCUGACGGGCCCAUCAACGCCUGGGACCUGCGCUACUACAUGAACCAGGGGGAGGAGACGCGCUACCACGAGGACCAGUACCUGCUCAAUGAGUCCUUCCCCAUGCAGGUGGUCACGCGCGGGCUGCUGGGCAUCUCCCAGGAGCUGCUGGGGCUGACCUUCGACCUGGAGGAGGGCGCCAACUUGUGUCACGAAGACGUGAGGCUCUACACGGUCCAGGACGCGGCCUCGGGCAAGGUCAUCAUCGGCAAGUUCUACCUGGACCUCUACCCUCGAGAAGGGAUGUCCGGGCACGCGGCCUGCUUCGGCCUGCAGCCGGGCUGCCUGCCACAGGAUGGGAGCCGCCAGAUCGCCAUCGUGGCCAUGGUGGCCAACUUCACCAAGCCCACGCCCGACCCGCCCUCCCUGCUGCAGCACGAUGAGCUGGAGACCUUUCACGAGUUCUGGCAAGCGAUGCACCAGCUCCGCUCUCAGGUGGGUGCGGGCGCGGGGCUGCGGGCAGGGGCCGGGGAGGGCCCGGGCGCGCGUGGUCCUCAGGCAGACCCUCGCCACGGGAUUCUUCCGCUGAUGUCACCCCGCACGUGGCGACGCCCUCGGUGUCAGCUUCCAUCGUCAAAGCCCACGCACUGGGCGCGUAAACAACAGAAAUGGAUGUCCUCGAGACUCUGGAGGCUGGAAGCCCCAGAUCAAGGAUCUUGGUGGGGCACGGGCAGCGCCAUCCCCCAGGGGCUGCGGGACAAGCUCAUCAAGUCCCGGCAGGGCAACCCAGGCCUCUUCAACCUGCACCAGAUCGUCCUGGCCGAGGUGGACCAGGCCCUGCACACGCAGAUGCCCGCGGACCCGGCCCAGGAGAACGCCCGCCUCUGCCAGGAGAUCCUCGGGGGCCCAGCCAUGCCAGGGACCCACCUGCCUGCAACCUUCGGCUGCCUGGCAGGAAGAUACAACGCCCAGUCCUAUGGCUACCUGUGCAGCGAGGUGUACUCCGCGGACACGUUCCACACACGCUUCAAGCAGGAGGGCGUCCUGAGUGGCAAGGUUGCCAUGGACUACAGAAGCUGCAUUCUGAGGCCAGGCGGCUCCAAGGAUGCCAAGGGCAUCGUGAAGCUCUUCCUGGGUUGUGACCCCACGCAGGAUGCCUUCCUCCUGAGCAAAGGGCUGCAGGUUGAGGGCUGCAAGCCGCCGGCCUGCUGACGGCACGGGGUUCUGCCCACCCAGGCGGGCCCGGUGCCUUAGCGCCCCGCCGGGGCGGGGGAGGGGCCGCGUGUCCUCCCAGCCCCUGAGUCCCUGGCGGCCGGCCUCGGCCAAAAGUCUCCACCUGGACGUGUCUGGA